AUGUCAACACAAUCAUGGCCCUCAGUCACGCCAGUGCACAUAUCAAAAACCAUCAACACACCACCAUCAACACUUCCAGACCCUAACAACCCACUCCCACAACUCCUACACACACCCUCCGGCCUUGCAAUCCUCGAACUCCAAGGCACGAUAAACUUUCCCGAGCCCACUGGAUCCUCCGACCCUUCUUCCACUCCAUCAUCAACAGCGACAGAAGUAGGUCGUCUAGUGUUCCCUUACUACACACCAGGUAUCUCUGACCCUAAUGGUGGUGCAUGGAUGAAGAGGGUUUAUUUCUAUAUUGGAAAGCAUCAACGCAUGACUGGCGAAGUCAAGAAACUUGGAAAGCCGUUAGCUGUGUUAAGGAAGGUGGGGGGUGAAGGCAGGGGGGAUGGAGAGGUGGAGGUUGUGGAGAUUGUGAGGUGGAAGGUUUUGUUUGGGAGUAGGCCGGAGCCGGUUAGUGAGGGUUGA